GCAGGGCUCUUGUUCCUAUGCUUCUAUCCAUCAUCGACAUGCAUAAAUUGAGGUUUUCGAGCACUCUUUUCAUUGUAUUUUUGCUAUUCAAUUGCGUUUAACUGUUUUUAUGCUUAUUAUAAGUAUGCUGCUAUAAUAUAAAUGGAGCAGACACCUUUUUGUUUGCAACCCCUACAAAGAUACUUCAAUUAACUGGUAGUGAGCACAAAGACUGAGACUAAAUUUCUGUCUAUUUGGUUUAACUUUCUAUCAUAUUUCUUUUGGAUCCGUCUGACCUUCUUUUUUAAAGGGUAAUGGAGGAAGUGAAUCACUUCCCCCAGAUUAAUUGAGAUGCGGAAGAGUACAAAGAAUGUAGGCUAGCCAGGGUUAAGGCAUGACGUAGUAGCUCGUAGAGCCUAAAUAGAGCGUACAAGCCUAAACAAAGCGGUAAAGAACGGUCCACACUUCUUUGAGAUAUCUUGAUGAUAGUGAGGGAUGGAAGAGCCUUUUAAACCAAGCAUAUAUUUAGAGAGGCCAACGAGGCUGCAGAUUGGAUGGUUGUCUAUGUGGCCAGCCAUGUCGGAAGUACUAUGUGGGCUGAAGAAAAAGAGUUAUCUUGGACACUCCGUAAUCUAUUAUUUCCUAGCUUUAGUGGAUGCAUUCGUAUACAUUAAAAAAAUAAGCAAGCAAAAUAAACAAAACGGUCCAAGCUUAUCAAACUAUAUCACUCCGCUUUAAUCAAUCGAUGUGGGAUAUAACAAUGAUUGUAGAACUCAUGUAAAGUUCGAGUGAAUCGGGCUUCUUGGAUAACGUCUAAAGGUGAAUUUCGAUGGAAAUAUGCCCGAUGAUGCCGAUCGGACGGGAGCGGCUUUUGUCAUUAGAGAUUAUGGCGCCAGGCUGAUUGCAGCAGAAGGGUGCCGCUCCUUCAAGGCCUCGGCUUUUGUGGUGGAGCUCAGGGCAGCCUGGAAAAGGCUCUCUUAUGCGAGAUAUGUUUUACAGGCUGGUUCUAUCAUACUGGAGGGCGACUCAGCUUCCCUGAGGGCGCGCCUUUUGGAGGGGGAGCACCUGCUUCUGAGUGACAUUCGCCGGAUGCUACGGAAGUGCCGGAUCCUCCAGGUCUGGACAGUGUACCCCCGUUGCUGGGGUUUAACGGAAGGCGACGGGCAAAAGGACGCCGGAGUCAAAUCCCUCAAGCAUGGCUCUCGCCCCACUCUCUCCCUUCCCCUCCACCCGACCUUUCCUCCUCCUAAACCCUAACCCUAAACCCCUUAUUCGAACAUGGAGAGGAGCUCGCUACAGAGAUCGAGCUCCGUCGAAAGCGAUAUCGCUCGUUCCUCGUCGAACGCCCACGGAACCGGCGACGGCCACUUUCUUGAGCAGCGGACGUUCCGGAAGGCCAACCGCUGCAAUCCCAGCGGCUCAGAUUUCUGGAGAAACUGUCCAAUCUAAUGCAGAGAAGUGGAGCAAAACAGCGAUGCUGGUCAUUGAUAUGCAGAAUGAUUUUAUUUUGCCGGAAAGCCCGAUGUGUGUGGCUGGAGGCCAAGCUAUUGUCCCAUCUGUCAUCCAGGCCAUUUCUGUUGCAAGGGAGCGUGGAAUUUUUGUGAUAUGGGUUGUUCGAGAACAUGAUCCUUUAGGAAGAGAUGUAGAACUCUUCCGCAGGCACUUGUAUACCGAUGGUAAAGGACCUGCUACGAAUGGUUCGAAAGGUGCAGAUCUAGUUGAUGGACUCUUGAUAAAGGAAGGAGACUACAAGUUGGUGAAGACACGCUUCAGUGCAUUCUGUGCCACACAACUUCAUUCUCUUCUUCAGACCUCUGGAGUCAAGAGCUUGGUUGUUGUUGGAGUUCAAACACCAAAUUGUAUUAGGCAGACUGUCUUUGAUGCAGUAUCCUUGGAUUACCAGUCUGUUACUGUCAUUGUCGAUGCAACAGCUGCUGCUACUCCUGAAAUUCAUCUUGGCAACAUCAGAGACAUGAAAAACAUUGGAGUGGCAAUACCAACUUUGCAGGAAUGGUGCAGCCUGGAUGCUUAAUCGUGUUCCUGGUGGUAAGGAAGUUUUCUUUGUAGAUCCACAUCUCAAAUGUGAUGUUUAGUCGAAUAAAGCCAAAUAUCUACAUGUGUCAGUUUUUCUGGUUUCUUCUUUUUAUUAUUUUUUUUAAGGGAAGAAUCUGUGAGGAGCUCCAAAUGCUAUCGGCUGCCCUUGACAAAUUGGCUUAAGUUAAACCUUCGAAAGCUUGGACAAGUGACAGACCCUCGUAGGCGUAGUCAAUUGAUGGGAGAGAUCUAAAGAGACAAGCAGCGGGUUGAUCUCUGUUAUGGAAGGAAGUGAGCAGGUGAGGUUCAUUUUGGACAAGUUGGCAAGUCUUUGGCAUCCGUUGAAAUACAAAUGUUUGUAUAGGAUAAAUAUUAAUAUGAACAUUAUAGCAUUAUUGGAUGCAUCAUUCCUUCAAAUGAUUGUCUGCCUGAUAAUCCAAUGUGUGAGAUGAUUUAAAGUUCAGGAGUGCUGUGUAGAGAGAGAGAAGAGUAGUAAGAAGAAUUCAAGUUCUGGCUCCUUAAACAAGCACCCAAGACUUAGAAGAACAGAAAAAAAAGAUGUACAAUAUUAGAAUUUUGGAACUGUGAAAAGUAAAGGAUUUUGCUGAUUAUUGUGA